AAUCUUGAAAUCAUUGAAGUGUCAAACUGUCAAGCAAGCGACGCGACAGCAUCUCAAAAUAAACAACAGUGAUAUUAGAUAAAUGAAUAUGAAUAUAAAAUAAUAAGAUUUUGAUGAGAAAUGUGAAAAAAGUGACUAUUACUUCAAAUUUACUUUUAGUUUCUAAUUUUAAGUGGUAGUUUUAAAACAUAACCUCAAAAACGUCGGGAGAUCAAGAUGUUUUCGAUUUGCCGGCAAACGCAUCCUGCUACAGGAAUUGAGCAUGCAGUUAGCUGCUGCUUCUUUAACAAUGAAGAAACGUGUCUCGUCACCGCUGGAGCUAACAUCAUCAAGGUUUUCCGAUUGUUACCCGAAGGACAUACGAAAGAGGUUAACGCCGCUGGCCAACCUAUACCACCAAAGAUGAAGCUAGAAUGUCUAGCCUCCUAUACAUUAUGGGGCAACGUAAUGUCUAUGGCAUCAGUCCGUUGUCCGAGUGCUGGUAGAGAUCUCCUACUUGUAUCAUUCAGAGAAGCCAAGCUAUCUGUGUUACAAUAUGAUCCGCAAACCGAUAACCUUAUUACGUUAAGCAUGCAUUAUUUUGAAGAGGAUGAUAUGAAGAAUGGUUGGACCACCCACCCUCACAUUCCAUGGAUCCGAGUAGACCCUGAAUGCCGAUGUGCAGUCAUGUUGUUAUAUGGGAAGAAACUAGCAGUAUUGCCGUUCCGGAAAGACAUUACGAAUGAAGAUGGAGAUCCUUUAGAAGCUAAGCCCCUUGAUAGCAAAUUAGCGCAACCAACGCAACCAAUAAACCGCGCGCCUACAUUAGCAUCGUACGUGAUAGUACUAAAAGACUUGGACGAGAAGAUAGACAAUAUAAUAGACAUACAGUUCCUACACGGCUAUUAUGAACCGACACUGCUGAUAUUGUAUGAACCUGUUAGGACUUUUGCUGGACGCACGGCAGUUCGCAACGACACGUGCGCGAUGUGUGGCGUGAGCCUGAACAUGAGUGCCCGCGUGCACCCCGUCAUCUGGGCCACCGCGCAUCUACCCUUCGACUGCAUCCGCGCCGUGCCCGUGCAGAAACCUUUGGGUGGAUGUUUAAUAAUGGCGGUGAACUCUCUAAUAUACUUGAAUCAGUCGGUCCCGCCGUACGGCGUGUCACUGAAUAGUAUAGCCACGCAUACUACGAACUUUCCACUUCGCAUCCAGGAGGGCGUGUGUAUAACGCUGGACGGGUCGUGCGUGGCGGGGCUCGGCGAGGGCCGCCUGGCGCUGUCCCUGCGCGGCGGGCAGCUCUACGUGCUCACGCUGCUCGCCGACUCCGUCCGCACCGUGCGCAGCUUCCAUCUGGACCGCGCCGCCGCGUCCGUGCUCACCACAUGCAUGUGUGUCAUAGAAGAAGACUUCCUUUUCCUUGGUUCUCGGCUCGGCAACUCUUUGCUCCUAAGAGUUACGGAGAGAGAGAAUAGAAUGUUAUUCUCCGUUGACAAACCUUUGGAAGCUACUGUCGAUCUCACCGUGUCGGAAAAUGCUGAGCAUCAAGCCCAACAGUCACAACAAUCUCAACAGUCACAAACAUCCCAACAGCCACAACAGCCAAAAGACCAGGAUCCAGCUGCGAAGAAACGUCGCUUAGACACAAUAAGCGACUGCGUGGCCACCAACGUCAUAGAAAUAAGCGAUAAAGAUGAACUCGAAGUGUAUGGGUCUGAUAUUAGAACGUCUACUCAACUUACUAGUUAUGUUUUUGAGGUAUGCGACUCUCUGCUGAACAUCUGCCCCAUCGGCGACGUUUCAAUGGGCGAGCCGCAGUUGGUGAGCGAGGCGGGCGGGGAGGGCGCGGAGGGCGGGGAGGGCGAGCCGCGCGGGCCCCUCCUCGAGCUGGUCGCCUGCAGCGGACGCGCCAAGAACGGGGCCCUCACCGUACUACAGCGCGCCGUCAGACCACAACUCAUCACCUCCUUUAACUUACCGGGGUGUAUAGACAUGUGGUCGAUACUGGGCGAGACACCAGAGGGCGCGCGUGAGUCGGAGGGAGCUCAUGCGUACCUCAUACUCACUCAGGAGGACGGGAGCAUGGUCCUGCAAACUGGUCAAGAAAUUAAUGAAGUGGACAAUUCAGAAUUCAUGACGGGGUCCCCGACCAUCUUCGCUGGGAACCUCGGAAAUAACAAGUUCAUGGUUCAAGUUACUACCACCGCCAUACGACUCGUUAAAGGCGGCUCCCAGUUGCAGACGAUCCAGUUGGAAUGGACGGCGGCGUACGCGGGGGCGGCGGACCCGUACCUCUGCGUGCUGUCCCUCUGCGGCCGCGCGCUGGUCCUCGCGCUGCGGGAGUUCCGCGCCAAGGACGGCGCCGCGUCAGGUCGUCUGGCCCCAACGCGUCAAUCAGUCCCUCACCGCCCUCCCCUACUGCGCGCGACGGUGUACCGCGACCUCAGUGGACUCUUCUCUCCUCCCGACGCUGGGAACACGCAGGUGAAAGGCGAGUUCAGUGGUAAAAUGAAAGGCAAGAACGUGAAAGCUGAAGGUUUCAAGCCGGGCGCAGUGUAUGAACUCAACGACGAGGACGAACUCCUGUACGGAGGGGAUCAAACACCUGCAUCCAUGGCUAGCAUAAUGUUGGCGGAACAAUCAAAGAACCCGGGAGUGCCGCGUCGCAUAUCCCGAUGGUGGAAGAAAUACUUGGUCGAAGUGAAACCUACUUACUGGCUUUUCGUCCUCCGUCUCAAUGGUAACCUCGAGAUCUACUCGCUCCCAGAGAUGAGGCUCAGUUUCCUUGUACGAGAUGCCUGUGCUGGGAACAGGAUUCUAGCGGACAGUUUGGAGUCAGUCCCCAUCCCCAGUGGAGGGAUCGAUGAGGAGGAACUGGGCAGCACGGCACAGAACGCAGACGCUGACAAGUGCAGGGAACUUCUGGUGGUGGGGCUGGGGCAUAAAGGGUCGCGGGUACUCAUGUUCAUGCGCUGCGAGGACCAGCUCAUGAUAUACCAGGCGUACAAGUACCCCCGCGGCAACCUGAAGCUCCGCUUCAGCCGCGCGCGCGUGUCGUUCCCUUUCGGGUACAGCGCGGAGCCCCUGUCCUCGCCCGACGACUCUUACGAGGCCGCGCUGCUCAAGGAGAACGUGCGACAGUGCAGAUACUUCAGUAACGUGGGCGGGUACAACGGCGUGUUUGUAUGCGGGCGGACCCCCCACCUCGUGCUCGUGUCCGCGCGCGGCGAGCUCCGUCUGCACGCGCUCGCGCACGACCACGCACCCGUCGCCAGCUUCGCCGCCUUCCACAACACCAACUGCCCACAAGGGUUCCUCUACUUCAACGCCAAGUCAUCGCUCCGCAUCAGCGCGUUACCGACGCAUCUAUCGUACGACGCUGCGUGGCCAGUCCGUAAGGUUCCUCUCCGCGUGACUCCUCACUUCGUGACCUUCCACCUUGAGUCCAAGACGUACUGCCUCGUGGCCUCCACCAGCACCCCUACUACUUCGUACUACAAGUUCAACGGGGAGGACAAAGAGAAGAGCAGCGAUAAUAAAGGGGAUAGAUUCCCAUACCCACAUCAAGAGAAGUUCUUCGUGACUCUCUUCUCGCCGGUCUCGUGGGAGAUCAUCCCAAACACUCGCAUCGAGUUGGACGACUGGGAACAUGUCACCUGUUUGAAGAACGUCUCCCUGUCUUAUGAGGGGACCAGAUCUGGUCUACGUGGUUACAUAGCUAUAGGAACUAAUUACAAUUACAGUGAAGAUAUUACAUCCAGAGGGAGGAUAAUAAUCUACGAUAUCAUAGACGUGGUCCCUGAGCCGGGCCAGCCCCUAACGAAGAACAGGUUCAAGGAACUGUACGCUAAGGAACAGAAGGGACCCGUCACUGCGCUCACGCAGGUGCUCGGAUACCUUAUAUCUGCUGUCGGACAAAAGAUCUACAUAUGGCAGUUAAAAGACAACGAUCUAGUUGGCGUGGCGUUCAUAGACACACAGAUAUACGUACAUAAAAUGUUGUCUGUAAAGAACUUGGUGCUUGUAGCUGAUGUAUACAAGUCGAUCUCGUUGCUGCGGUACCAGGCACAGCAUAGGACACUGUCUCUCGUCUCCAGAGACCUGAGGAGUGCUCAGAUAUACGAUAUGGAGUUUAUGGUGGACAACACAACGCUUGGGUUCCUGGUGAGCGAGGCCGAGGGAAACCUCGCGCUGUUCAUGUACCAGCCGCAAGCUAGGGAGAGCUACGGAGGUCAGCGUCUAAUCCGCAAGAGUGAUUACCAUCUAGGCCAACAGGUCAACGCAAUGUUCAGAAUCAACGCUCGCCCUGACCCUAACUCCAACCACAGGAGACAUGUCACCAUGUUCACGACGUUGGACGGCGGCGUGGGCUACGUGUUGCCGAUAACGGAGAAGAUGUACCGCCGCCUGCUGAUGUUGCAGAACGUCAUGAACAACUACUGCUGCCAUGUCGCCGGCCUCAACCCGCGCGCCUACAGGACAUACAAGAGCUCUCGGCGCUCGGUGGGCGGCGGGCCGGCGCGGGGCAUGCUGGACGGGGACCUCGUCGCGCAGUACUCCACCAUGCCCAACGCUGAGAAACUCGAUAUUGCAAAGAAAAUCGGCACGAAGGUCGAAGAGAUUAUGUCUGAUCUGUACGAAAUAGACAGACUGACUGCCCACUUCUAGUACCACGUGUUACGUCAUUACUUUUAAGUAUAUAUGCUGUAUAUAAACUAUGAAUUAAAGU